UCAACCACGGCCGGCCCCGUUGCAGCCCCACCACCGGCGCGGUCCGGCGCUGUCGCGUCCACGUCUUCCGCCAUCGUGACAGAAUCGCCGGGCGGCCCGGCGACGUUACACAACGGAGCAUGAGGCCAGCGUGACGUAAGCUCCGGUAAGCCGAGAGCUAUACCGGCGGAGGAGUAUGCCCAGGACACCAUCAUGGCACAUCCUGACGGUGCUCUUGCUGCUGAUACCGCUGGCGUUACCCAGCUGCAUGUGCUUUGCUCGAAGCCGGCGCGAAGUCUUCAAACGCGCCCGGCCGCCGGGAGGCGGAGACGGCGACGGCGGACGGCCAAUCACGGGCCUCCAAGCUGCCGCGGGCAGCGACGACGCCGGCACCAGAGCGAACCGCACAGCCGCUAGGCCUAACAAGCGACUGCCGCACCUCCUGGACGUCGGUAGGCUCCUGCAGCUGGUCGCGACGGGCAACGCCAGCGGUCACCACCGAAGUGGCGGCGGCGGCAGCAACGAGUCCCACCAGCAGCCAGUGAUGAGCCGGCACAUCGACGCGUCCAUGGCCGAGGUGGUGGCCCUGCAGACGUUCGACGGGGACGUCUCCUGGAUCGAAGCCAAGUUCGUCAACGACUCGCACGGCGGCAGUCGCAGGCGACAUCACCGGACGAGGCCCUACAGUGUCGAAGAGAGGCUCGCGCUGUUCAUACCGGUGGUCGCUUUCAUGUUGCCGUUCUUGAUUUGGCUGUGCUGCAUGGUGAUAUGCAUCGCGCGAGCUUCGGCAAGAGGGCCGUACUGAAGAACACGCACGCACUGCACCGCCGCGCUUUUGAUAGAAAUGCAGCGCGAGAUGUGUGGCGUGAUGGUGCUGUGGAAGACGAGCCGUCUAGGAUGAGACCGCGGGUUCCGCGUAGGCUUAAGAGAAUGUGACGGUACCGCCACUCCUCGCCUCUUGAACGUGAAGCGCGUCGUCUGUAGCUGCUGCGUAGUACAGCCAUAUACAGCUGUGGGCCG